ACUGGACUUCAUGUUUCCAACAUAGGAACAGAACCAGGUUGGGGAUCUCCACGUCUGAGAGAAUGCUGGGAAUCUGCAGAGGGCGACGGAAAUUCCUGGCUGCCUCUCUGACUCUUCUUUUUGUUCCUGCUAUAACCUGGAUUUACCUGUUUGCUGGGAGCUUUGAAGAUGGGAAGCCAGUGUCACUGUCUCCAAUUGAAUCUCAGCCCCACAGCCCUCGCUACACAGCCACAAGUCAACGAGAAAGAGAGAGCCUGGAAGUACGCAUGCGGGAAGUGGAAGAGGAAAACCGGGCACUUCGCAAACAGCUCAGUCUGGUGCAGAGCCGGAGCUUGUCCCAUCGUCGUGGAAAUCACUCAAAAACUUAUUCCAUGGAGGAGGGGACUGGUGACAGUGAGAGCCUGCGGGCUGGCAUCGUGGCAGGGAACAGCUCUGAGUGCGGACAACAGCCGGCAGUGGAGAAGUGUGAGACAAUCCAUGUCGCCAUUGUCUGUGCUGGGUACAAUGCCAGUCGGGAUGUUGUCACACUCGUCAAAUCAGUCCUGUUUCAUAGGCGGAACCCUCUUCACUUCCACCUCAUUGCAGAUGCAAUUGCAAAACAGAUCCUGGCGACCCUCUUCCAGACGUGGAUGGUCCCUGCAGUUCGGAUAGACUUCUAUGAUGCAGAUGAGCUGAAGUCUGAAGUAUCCUGGAUACCCAACAAACAUUAUUCUGGGAUUUAUGGGCUGAUGAAGCUGGUUCUGACAAAGACUCUUCCUGCCAACCUUGAACGAGUCAUUGUACUUGACACAGACAUUACCUUUGCUACAGACAUUGCAGAGCUAUGGGCUGUCUUUCACAAGUUCAAAGGCCAACAAGUUCUUGGCUUGGUGGAGAAUCAGAGUGACUGGUAUCUAGGAAACCUCUGGAAGAACCACCGCCCUUGGCCAGCUCUUGGAAGAGGCUACAACACAGGGGUCAUUCUGCUACUUCUGGACAAAUUGCGCAAGAUGAAAUGGGAGCAGAUGUGGAGGCUCACGGCUGAAAGAGAGCUAAUGAGCAUGCUCUCCACUUCAUUGGCUGACCAGGAUAUCUUCAAUGCAGUCAUCAAACAGAAUCCCUUUCUGGUGUACCAGCUUCCUUGUUUUUGGAAUGUGCAGUUGUCUGACCACACCCGCUCUGAACAGUGCUAUCGAGACGUGUCUGACCUAAAGGUGAUCCAUUGGAACUCACCCAAAAAGCUGCGAGUCAAGAACAAGCAUGUGGAGUUCUUCCGCAACCUCUACCUGACAUUCCUUGAGUAUGACGGGAACUUGUUGAGGCGCGAACUCUUUGGCUGCCCCAGUGAGGCUGAUGUCAACAGUGAAAACCACCCCCUCCUUUUUCGGUUGAGGAGUCUUGGGUUUUGGCGAUGCCAGGAUGGUCUUACCCACGGUGGUCACGUUAUCUAUCUUGAUGGUCCUCAAGCGGGUCUCCGCAUCUGCUGCCUCAUGGAUGAAUGCUGUGCAGGACAAUAUCUCUGA